AUGCUAUCUGAUAACAGCGAGCCUGGUUUCGAUUAUUUCUUGAAUACACCCUGUCAAGUUUGGGAUGCCGUUCGGUACCAUGAAGCGUGGGAAGAUAACCAUUUUGGUUUAGACAAGGCGACUCUAACGAGAAGUUUUCAAAAACAAUUACAAAUUAUUAAACCACAAGGCACAGAAGAGCAAAAAGAGAAUGCAACACGACUCGAAAACCAAUUUAAUGCUGAAUCUAAGAAAACAGGAUUAAUCGAUAAUUUUUGGAUGAAGCGUCACAUUCUUAUGAAGCAUGAAAGUAUGAAGGUUAACAGCAUAUUUUUAUCUUGUGACGGAGUGCAGAUCGGUUGUACUGGUAAUAAUAUUCAGGGACAGAAACGAUCUUACGAAAAUCGCGAACGAUCAACUGAAGGGAGAAAAAAACAAAAGCCUAUCAAAACUACUAUUGGAGAUGGCGAGAUACAAACUCCAGAACGACAGAUACAUGCAUCGGAACAAGCCCUAAAUUCAUUCCAAGCCUUGGCCUAUAUGAAUCACGUAGAAGAUGAACCAUCGGGUUCAGCUGAGGAAGAACAAAAUGAUGGAUCAACUAAAGCAUCUCCAGUAAUGUUUCCUUCGGCUAAUAGAGAAUCCGAAAGUUCCAAAGAGAGACGUUUAUUGGAUGGUCAUAACCAUGGCAGAAAACCAGACUUCCGGAUCCUAUCAAAGAUUGAUGACAUUGAGAGAGAGUUCAUGUUCGGUGAGAUAAAGCCACCGCAUUGCCCUAAUAACGUAAAUAGAAGUAUCAUUAAAUUAGCAGAAUUCAUGAAAGGGUCUUCAUAUUUUAUUAUUAAUAUUUACGGCUAUGUGGCUGGCCUGGAAACGUAUGGUAUAUUAAUUUGUGGUAAGUUAUCUCUAUUAAAACUUUGCUGA